GUCUUAAUCUGCAGAGUGAGGGGGACGCCAUUUUAAUAGAAGGGUGACAAUAACUUCGUCUAGGUGGAAAGUGCUGACACGUUUAAAAAGGAUUAUUUAAUCUAUAUUACAUCAUUUAUUUCCACGGUGUAGCUGCUGGGAGUUGGGGGGAGGAUGGCAACUGACGCCAGGGAUGUAAAAGAUGGAGAAGUUAAUGUUUUAGAUGACAUUCUGACAGAAGCUCCUGAUCAAGAUGAUGAGUUGUACAAUCCAGAAAGUGAGCAGGAUAUCAGUGACAAAAAGGGAUCAAAGAGAAAAGGUGAUAGAGUGGAUUUGGUAGACAACAAACGCCUGAAAACUUCUGGCCAUUCUCCCAGACAAGCUAUAAAAAGAACGUCUUUGAGUAGAAGUAAGAGAACUGUGAACACAAAGGGGAGACAUUCGUCAGAGUACAAAGCUGAAGAGUAUCAACGGUCAGAAAGGACAAAAGUUGCUGGAGACAGGAAAAAUCACAGUUUGGGAGGGAGUUCCAGAGAAUCUCAGAAGAGCCACCCUGAAAAAGCUGUGCCCAGAAGCAGAGAUUCUGAUAAACGGACCAAGUUGUGUGCUACACCUGAUGACUCUGAGAAAACGAGACACAAUGUGGAAACCCGGAGAACCAGCCGGUCUAGUCAUUCUUCCAAAGAAGAGGUCAAUUCUGAGGAAUAUGGUUCGGAUCAGGAGGAUGGCAGCAGUGUGUCCUCUGAUGAGCAAGCCAAUAAUACAGACAAUGAAGAAGAGAUUGAGGAGGAGGAGGAGGAAGAGGAUGAUAGGGAAGAAGAGGAAGAAGAUGAUGCUGAUGAACAGCAUGAGGGAGAAGUGUAUGAACAGCAGCAGCCAGAGCAGCAGCUACCACUUACACUACCAAAUAAACAAGAGGAGCGAGAACAGAGAGAUGGUAAUGAGCAGAAUGAUUUUGACACACGAAGUGAAGCUAGUGAUUCUGAUUCUGCAUCUUUUUCCGAUGGAGAUUCAAGGUCAGGUUCUGGCUCGGAAAGAUCAGAUCGUCUUAGUAAGCUUAAAUAUAUUCUUCAAGAUGCAAGAUAUUUUCUCAUAAAGAGCAACAACCAUGAAAAUGUAUCCCUAGCCAAGGCGAAGGGUGUGUGGUCUACGCUGCCAGUAAAUGAAAAGAAGCUGAAUGCUGCAUUCAGAGCAGCUAGAAGUGUCAUCUUAAUAUUUUCAGUAAGAGAAAGUGGAAAAUUUCAAGGGUUUGCACGACUUGCAUCUGAAUCACACCAUGGAGGAUCACCAAUACACUGGGUACUUCCUGCUGGUAUGAAUGCAAAAAUGUUGGGAGGUGUCUUUAAAAUCGAUUGGAUUUGUAGGAGAGAGUUACCAUUCACUAAAUCGGCACAUCUCACAAACCCAUGGAAUGAGCACAAGCCAGUCAAGAUAGGACGUGAUGGACAGGAAAUUGAACCAGAGUGUGCAAAUCAGCUUUGCCUGUUAUUUCCACCAGAUGAAACCAUUGACUUGUAUCAGCUGAUUCAUAAAAUGCGACAUAAGAGACGGACGCACUCUGAGCCUCGUUCAAAGGGACGCCCAUCUCGCAGAGAACCAAUUCGGGAUCCGGGAAGGCGUCGUGCAGAGGAUUUUGACAUGCAUAACACCAGAAAGAGACCAAGGAUUGAGUAUCCCCCUGAAUUUCAGCAGAGACCAGGUUAUAUGAAGGAUCCACGAUUCCAGGAUGUAGACCACAGGAGGUUUACAGGAGUUCGCCGAGAUGUCUUCUUGAAUGGGUCUUACAAUGAUUAUGUGCGAGAAUUUCAUAAUAUGGGACCACCACCACCUUGGCAGGGCAUGCCACCUUAUCCUGGUAUGGAACAGCCACCCCAUCAUCCGUAUUACCAGCACCACCCCCCACCACCCCAACAGCACCCUCCUUUUUCUGGCCAUCAUCCAGCACAACAUGAAGCAAGAUACAGAGAUAAGCGAGUAAAUUCUUCAAAUUUUAAUUUUCAGCAUGAUUAUGACAUGAGAGUAGAUGACUUCCUCAGGCGCACACAAGCUGUUGUUAGUGGUCGACGUAGCAGACCGCGUGAAAAGGAGCGUGAACGUGAAAGGGAUCGUCCCAGAGAAAACAGAAGAGAGAGAGAACGUGACAGAGGAAGAGACAGAGAACGAGACAGAGAUAGAGAGAGAGAGAGAGACAGAGACCGAGAGAGAGACCGGGAGAGAGAGAGAGAAAGAGACAGAGACCGUGAACGAGACAGAGGCAGAGAACGCGAACGUGAAAGGGAAAGGGGAGAACGGGGUAGAUACAGAAGAUAAUUCCUCAUGAAGCAUUGUAACAUUUAUGUUUUCAUUUACUGUAGCAGAUUUCUUUUGAAGUGUUCAUAUGUUACAUUGUAUAAUAAGUUUAUUAUGCUCCAUUUUCCCUCAGAGUGCUAUUGUAUAAAAAGAAAACCGGGCAAUCCAAAAAUUUGCUAAAACUGGCAUUCAUUUCAGAGUGUACUAGUAUAUGGAAGGAAAUAGAAAAAAAAUGUUGACUUGUAGUUUUCUCCAUCAGCAAGCUUUACUUUAUGGUUCAUGAUAGUUAAAAAUGAAAGGAAAAAAAAACACCGAUAGAAAACUGCACUUGCCUUGAUAAUGAUUUGUGUAAUUGCACAUGGUUCAGUGAAGAUAAUGCUGCUAUUAAGUAUGCAACUUUCAAAUAUGGUAGCUGGCUGUACGGCAGUGUCAUAAUUAUUUAAUUUUUUUAUUUGUAUAACUUUUGUCUUUUUUCAGUGUUUUAUUGAUGAAAGCAAUAUUAAUAACUGUAUAAUGGUUAGCCUCUUCAUUUUAACUUUUUUUAAAGAGCCCACCAGUGUUAAAGAAUAGAUUUCAGAUCAGUGAUGUAGUUUGUCUUUUCCCUGAAAUGUACAUUGGUUUCAUAUACACAAAAUUUAAAUUCAGUUGUUUCAGUAAUAAAAAAAUACUACUUUUGUAUAAAAUAAAACAAAAUGUACAAUCAA